UGGUCGUGUCCGUCCCGGCGGAUCUGUUGUUAACGUUAUGCGUCGGAUCUUCCAAGCGAAGAUGGAAAAAAACAGACAAGAGCAUUCGCAUUGUCUCACUGAAAUCUCAAUGUUUUCUCAAGAACAGCUGGACGGGUGUCAAUUUCUCCCUUGCAAGAUGCUUUUCCUGGAACAUGUUUGCUGCAAGGUUGAUGUUAUUGAUAAAACAUAUAAAGGACACCGGAAUGCAGAGAGUAUGGUCAACAUUGCUGAUCACAGGCAUCGUGUUUCAACCUCUUCUGCAUCCAAAUUAUUUAUUUUACAGAGCCCAGGUCAGGAUAACGCAAAAAGAGGUCUGGAUGAGCCAGAUAUUCUUGAAGUAGUGAUAUGUAGAAAGCACAUGAGUUAUGAAAUACUACGGGCCCUGCAGCUUGGAAUCAGGGAUCUUUCUGGGCGGUACAUGGAACUGCCAAAGAAGGAGCUUUUACCACUUGACUUUAAAUCAACUCAAAGUACCUGGAUUCAAUAUUCUAAACAGAAUACUAAAGGUCUUGCUCCAGGUGCAGUUUCUGACUUCCAGUGGAAAGACUACUGUCCUGCAGUCUUCAGGUAUCUACUGGAGCUUGGAAAUAUUAAUUAUGCUGACUACAUGGUGUCUGUCUGUGGCCCUGAGACUUUGAGGGAGAUUUCUUCACCAGGAAAAAGUGGCUCCCUCCUCUUUAGGUCCAAGGAUGGUCGAUUUGUGAUAAAGACCUUGAGGAAACAUGAAGUGAAGGUUCUCUGCAAAAUGCUUCCAAACUACUUAUACCAUGUUAAACAAUAUCGCACCUCAUUGUUGAUCAAGCUUUAUGGACUUCAUGCUGUGAGACCAAUUGGAGGAUGGAAGGUUUAUUUUGUUGUCAUGGAGAAUGUAUUACAAUUGGAUGUGCACAUGCAUAGGUCCUAUGAUCUUAAAGGAUCAUCACAAGGAUGAACCAUCAGCAAAUAUAGUGAUCAUGAGAGAGCCACAUUUAAGGAUUUGGAUCUUGACUUUAUCUUUUACCUCAAUCCCCAGACUCGGCAUAAUCUCUUAGAGCAAAUCAAAUAUGAUUGCGGGUUUUUGGAAGCUCAGGGCAUCAUGGACUAUAGUCUUUUGCUUGGAAUACAUCUAGAAGCUCGAAAUCAAGGUAACAAAAGCGGAGCACAUUAUGACUCAUUGCAAGCAUGUGGGGACUUUGACUGGGCUCUUGCUGAUAUUUACCAAUCUCCUGGGAGGCCUGGUGCUAAAUUUGGAGUCAAAAUGCCAGCAAGGGCUGUUAGAGUACAUAGAAACAGGAAGGACGGCUUGCCAUUUGAUAGAGAAGCCGGAACAGGGGAAUGCUAUGAUGCUUUGUUAUACAUCGGAAUAAUAGAUAUCCUUCAAGUUUACAAUGUCAAAAAGCACCUCGAGCAUGCGUACAAGUCAAUACGAUAUGAUUCGAAGUCAAUAUCAGCAGUAAAUCCCAAAGUGUAUUCUGCUCGUUUUCUGGACUUCCUUUGUGAAGUAUUUCUAGCAGAUGAAGUAGAUUUGUGAACUUGCUGCUAAAUAAAUGUUAAUUAGGAUUCUCAGCAAAAAAGAAAAACAAUGUUAAAGUAGGAUAAAUGUAUACUCAUGAGGGACUGCUAGUAUAAGCAUCUUGUUUUCUUAGAAAUUCUUUCAUCUCUGAAGGUUUAUGGGGAGGUGAUGAAGUUGGAACACGCGGAAAUAUCAGUCUCCAUGACAAGUCAGUAUCACCAUCCGAUCUUCAGUGCUGUAGUCUUAUAUUUGCGUAUCUUCAAUUGUUUUCUAGAAAUUUAAUUAGUUCUUGACACGACCAUAUUGGUCAUGACGUAGAUGCUCGUUGCCCCAGAUAUAUAAAAUUUCUCUUACUCCAAUUUUUUCUUCUUCUU